CUUUUUCUUCAGUUUUCUUUUUUGUUCAUCAUGACAGGAAAAGAAGAAACUGCUACUCCUUUAUGGGAAAAUAAAAAAGUAAUAACAGUAGAGAAUAUAGAAGAUCGUGUAUCUAUUGAUACUGCUAUUGGUGAUGCUUAUCAAGCAAAUGAUACAUAUGGUGAACCUACUGGUAACGCUGUUAAUAUUGAAGCUGCUUUGACAGAAUAUCAUGAUUUGAAAAAGGAAUUAAGUCGAAUUAGUAGAAUGUCUACAAAUGCAAGUAAACUAGAAGAAGGUACUACAGAAGAUCAAUUUGAUUUGGAUCAAUUCUUAAAAGGCAUGUCAAAUGAUAACAGUGAAGCUGGUCAAUUGCCUAAACAUUUGGGCGUGAUUUGGCGGGAUUUAGAAGUCAAGGGUCUUGCUGCUGAUGCUCAUACUAUUCCAAAUGUUUUCAACUUUAUUGGUAAUGGACUUCAAGUAUGGAAACGUUUUGGUAUUGGACUUGGUGGUAACAAGAAAACUAUUCUUCACAAGUUAAAUGGAUUCUGUAAGGAUGGUGAAAUGUUAUUAGUACUUGGUCGACCUGGUGCUGGUUGUACUUCUCUUCUCAAAGUGUUAGCCAAUAUGCGCGGUAGUUUCACUGAUGUCAAUGGCUCUGUUAGUUUUGGUGGUAUUGAUCCUACAACUUUUGCAAAAGAAUUCCAAGGACAGACUUGUUACAAUGAAGAAGAAGAUCUUCACUUUCCUACAUUGACCGCCAAACAAACACUUCAGUUCGCUCUUCGAACAAAGACACCUGGUAACAGACUUCCUGAAGAAACCAAAACUGAAUUCGUUAACAAGAUCUUGUACAUGCUUGGUAAUAUGUUGGGACUUACCAAACAAAUGAAUACCAAAGUUGGUAAUGCCUUUAUUCGUGGUCUUUCUGGAGGUGAACGAAAACGACUCUCAAUUGCUGAACACAUGACAACUUCAAGUUCUAUCAACUGUUGGGAUUGCUCUACACGUGGUUUGGAUGCUGCCUCUGCCUUGGAUUAUGUUCGCUCUCUUCGUAUCAUGACCGAUGUAUUCAACAAAACAACUAUUGCCACUCUUUAUCAAGCUUCCAACAGUAUUUUUGAUACAUUUGAUAAGAUUUUAUUAUUGGAUGAAGGUCGAUGCAUUUAUUUUGGUCCUGUUGGUCAAGCCAAACGUUACUUUGAAGAUCUUGGUUUCUAUUGUCCUCCACGAAAAUCUACACCUGAUUUUUUGACUGGUCUUUGCAAUCCUUUGGAACGCGAAACUAAGCCUGGUUUUGAAAAAUCUGUACCUCAAAAUGCUGAAGAAUUUGAACAACGUUUCAUCCAAUCUAACAUUUAUGCCGACAUGAUGAACGAACUCGAUGCCUUUGAAGAACAACUUUCAACUGAAAAACAAGCUGAACUAUUUAGACAAGCUGUAGAUCAAGAACAUCAAAAACGUGCCUCCCGUAAUGCUCCUUAUACUGCUUCCUUUUAUCAACAAGUGAAAGCUCUUACUAUCCGUCAAUAUCAUUUACUGAUUACAGAUAGUGAAGCUUUAAUUUCUCGUUAUGGUACCAUCUUGAUUCAAGGCUUAAUCACUGCAUCCUGCUUUUAUAUGAAUCCUCUCAAUGGAACUGGUGCUUUUUCUCGUGCUGGUGCUAUCUUUUUCUCUGUCAUCUUCAAUUCUUUUGUCUCUCAAUCUGAAUUGGUUAGGUUUAUGAUUGGUCGUCCUAUUUUGGAAAAACACAAGCAGUUCGCUCUGUAUCGUCCAUCCGCUUUUUAUAUUUCACAAGUUUUGUUAGAUGUUCCAUUUGCUGUGGCUCAAGUGCUGCUAUUUGAAAUCUGUACUUACUUUAUGAUGGGAUUAAAUUUGGAUGCUGGUCGAUUCUUCACCUAUUUUAUAAUCAUGUUCUUCAUUAAUAUGUCAACCAUUGGUUUUUUCCGAUUCUUUGGUGCUGUUUCUCCAUCCUUCUUUGUGGCUACUCAAUUAUCAAGUGUUAUCAUUAUUACCUUUUACAAUUAUACUGGUUAUAUCAUUUCGUACAACAAAAUGCAUCCUUGGUUAUUCUGGAUUUAUUGGAUGAACCCUCUUGCUUAUGGUACAAAAGCUUUAUUAAUCAAUGAAAUGGAAAAUCAAGUCUAUUCAUGUGAUGGUCCCGGUAAUUCUGUUCCUUAUGGUCCUGAAUAUACUGAUUGGAAUUAUAAGACAUGUACAAUGCAAGGUGGUAUUCCUGGCCAAUCCUCUGUCUCAGGUAGUGAUUACUUAUUAGCUGCUUUGUCAUACAAGCCUUGGGAAAAAUGGGCACCUGAUUUUGUUGUUGUUGUGGCUUUCUUCUUGUUCUUUACUGUUAUUACUGCUUUGGCUAUGGACUUUAGCGCUGUUGGCAAAUCAAGUACAUUGACUCGUCUUUAUCUUCCAGGAAAGGCUCCCAAGCAACGUACAGCAGAAGAAGAAAAUGAACGACGACUACGACAAGCCAAGGUGAUUGAAAAUAUGGACAACAUUUCAACUGGUACUACCUUUUCAUGGCAUCAUGUCAACUAUACUGUUCCUAUCAAAGGCGGUUCAUUGCAACUUCUCAACGAUAUUAGCGGAAUUGUCAAACCUGGUCAUCUUACUGCUUUGAUGGGUUCUUCUGGUGCAGGUAAAACAACGCUUUUGGAUGUAUUAGCAAGACGUAAAACUAUUGGCAAGGUCGAUGGUCGUACCUAUCUUAAUGGCGAAAUCUUGAUGAAUGAUUUUGAACGUAUUACUGGUUAUUGUGAACAAAUGGACGUACAUCAACCUGCGGUGACUGUACGUGAAGCUUUACGAUUCUCUGCCUAUCUUCGUCAACCUGCUGAUGUAUCUCGUCAAGAAAAGAACGAUUAUGUUGAAACGAUUCUACAACUAUUGGAAAUGGAAGACAUUGCUGAUGCACAAAUUGGUGACGUGGAAUCUGGAUUUGGUAUUUCUGUGGAAGAACGCAAACGCCUUACUAUUGGUAUGGAAUUGGUGGGCAAACCUCAACUUUUAUUCUUGGAUGAACCUACUUCUGGUUUGGAUGCUCAAUCUUCAUUCAACAUUGUUCGAUUCAUUCGCAAAUUAGCUGAUGCUGGUUGGCCUGUCUUGUGUACUAUUCAUCAACCUUCUGCUAUCUUGUUCGAUCAUUUUGAUCAUCUAUUACUAUUGGUUCGUGGUGGCAGAACUGCUUAUUAUGGUGAAAUUGGUCCUGAUGCUCGUGUGAUGAUUGAUUACUUUGAACGCAAUGGUGGUCCUGUAUGUCAUCCUGAAGCCAAUCCUGCAGAAUAUAUUUUGGAAGUUGUGGGUGCUGGUACUACAGGGAAAGUGACGAAGAACUGGGCUGAUGUAUGGUCUGGAUCCAAUGAAGCCAAAGCGUUAGAAAACGAAUUGGAACAAAUUCAUCAAUCCGUUGACCCAACUCCUUCUCGCAAAGCACGUACCUAUGCUACUUCUCUUUGGACUCAAUUUGUCUUAGUACACAAACGUAUGGCUUUAUCUUACUGGAGAUCUCCUGAAUACAAUGUUGGUCGAUUCCUCAAUAUCAUGGUGGUUGCCAUCAUCACUGGUUUCACUUAUUGGAAAUUGGGUCAUUCUACUUCUGAUCUUCAAAACAAAUUGUUUGCUCUUUUUACUACAUUCAUUAUGGCCUUCACUAUCAUUAUUCUUGCUCAACCCAAAUUUAUGACUGAACGUGUGUAUUUCCGUCGUGAAUAUGCCUCUCGUUAUUACUCUUGGUUACCUUGGUCUAUUUCUGCUGUGUUGGUGGAAAUUCCUUACAUUCUCUUUUAUUCUGCUUUCUUCAUGUUUGGUUUGUAUUGGACUUCCGGAAUGAAAAAUACAUCUGAAGCCGUUGGUUACUUUUAUCUUGUUUUCUCAACAAUCACCACUUGGAGUGCCACUUUGGGAUACAUUAUUGCUGCUAUUGCUGAAGCACCUACUAUGGCUGCUGUGUUGAAUCCUUUGAUCAUGUCUAUCCUUGUGUUAUUCUGUGGUUUGAUGCAACUUCCUUCUGCCAUGCCUCGUUUCUGGAGUGCUUGGAUGUAUUGGUUAGAUCCUUUCCAUUACUACAUUGAAGGAUUAACGGUCAAUGAAAUGGAGAAUAUCGCAAUCCAUUGUACACCAUCCGAUUUGAUUCGCUUCACACCACCUCCUGGUCAAACAUGCGCUCAAUAUACAGAAGCAUUCUUCAAUAGUACAUAUGGAGUCACUGGUUACAUUGAAAAUCCUCAAGCUAUGCAACCUGAACAAUGUGGUUAUUGUCUUUAUUCUACAGGUGAACAAUUCUUUGAAACAAAUUAUGCCUGGGCUGCUGAUCAUAAGUGGCGCAAUUUUGGUAUUCUAUUAUUGUUUUUGGUGUCUAACAUUUUAUCCGUGAUUGCCUUGGUCUAUUUACGAAGAAAACCUAGACGAUAGAUGAUUUUUUUUUUUUGUUAUCUAUCUUCAUUUAUAUAUUGUAGUUUUAGUUCCUUUUUUAGAUCAACAUUAUUAUCGUCAUCCAACAAUCAUAUAUCA